GAAUUACGUCACUGCAAUAAAUUGGCAUACUUAUGCCUUAUUUGAUAAUACCUUUCGUUACACAUGAGUGAUUCACGCCUAAAUAAAAACAAACAAACAUUGUCUUAAAUGUUAUCACAGAGAAGCACAGAAGAAGGGAAGUUAAAAUUAUCACCAUGAAUUGUGGCCACAACUCAGAAGCUGUUCAUAUUCUUCAUCCUAAAAAACUCUUCCAGUCGAUUGACCAAGACAAAAAAUACGUAACGAUUGACGAUUACUGUCUAUCUUUGAUUGGGUUACAAUUUUAUGGUCAAACUAGUAUGCCAGAGAAAACAGAUGUAUCGGUGAAGAGUGGAGACAACAACUUAGGAGCUGCGUUACAGAAGUUGGAUCGAUUCUUACGAAACUGUACAGAUUUUAACGUUGAUAAAAUUCAAUUUUUUAAGCUACUGCAAGCUGUUGGAGAAUACAGGAACAAAAGUAAUGAAACGUGCGAUGAAUGCCAAGAGCGUUUGAAAAUGGACGGAGAAAGAUUUUUAGAAAUUUACAAACAACGCCAAGUAACCUCUGAAGUUCUUGGAAACCACGUAUACUGGGGUAGCAGACAACAAAUGCUUUCUGGGAAGGUUAUUGCAGAUUGGAUUGAUGUCACCUAUGGUCCAAUGGAUCCAAUAUUUGGAAUAUUGUUAAAUCCAACAACUGGGCGAGUUGGACCAAGCGACUCAACUAUUGUCCAUGAACUCUUGUUUGAUGAAAACGGACGUUUUGCGUAUCAUUCAGCAGUUCACGACGCGUUUGGUUAUUUAUUCACCCUUCACCAUAUUGGACCAGGCUACGAUUACUUACAGAGAAAGAUAUUAAAUAACGAUAAUAUAUUCGCUGGUCAAGCAUCUGGAUUAACCUUCUGGAAGAAAGCUAUUAGAAAAUAUAUUCGAAAAUCUCGUAAAACUAAAAUUAUUAGAAUGGAGUAGAAAUAUGUAGUGUGAAUAAUGUAAGUAACAAAUUGUAAAUAAAAAUCCGAUGCGGAUUUAUUGUAAUGUAAAUACACAAAAAAGAUAUUUAUUGCAUAUAGUUGAAAUAAAAUAAAGAAAGAAUUUCUAACAAAAUGUAUUUUUUAAAUUACUUAUUCAACAUCCUGUUUAUUUAAAACAAAAAAGAAAACGCAUAAUCGUGAAA